CAGAUGACUCAAAUUAAGAAAUAGUUCUUAUUAAAUAUGUUGGCUACGCUUAACUUAAAUUAAGCGCAACAGCGCAGAAAUCGCGUUAAAAUGAAACAGAACGCCGACGCUUAAAAUAAACUAUUUGCGUUCCGAACCAACUGCUCACACACUUUUAUAUUCCCAUUCGAAUUCUAAUUAAAUUAAUUCAGCAUUUUUGCAAAGUUUACAUUGAACGGCGUAUCGACGAGUCGCCAAUUACGUAGUUAUGCCGCUAGCAGCGUGCCGUUAUUUUAACUGUUACUGCAGCCAUUCAAGCGGAAACUACGUGCAGUGUCAGAGCAGCAACAGCAACAUUGACAUUGGCCUCGGACAACAACAACAACAACGACAACAACAGAAGUAACAACUCAGCAAUCAACCUUUUGCACUCGUACAUGCCACACUUCGCACACAAAAUCAACGGGGUGGCAACCUUUUGCUGGACAACUGAAACUACAAAGUAUUGCAAAAAAGCAAGGAAAAAAAAAGAAUCUAAAAUUCAGCCAACAGUGAAUGCAGAAAGUCAAACGAAAACGGAAAAUAUCAUAAAAUGGCUAUAAUAAAAAUUCGACAAUUGAAUUCAUUCAAAUUGCAACAGCAACAGAAACAGCAGCAACAGUGGCUGUCGUCCGCUGAAGCCAGCUGCCGCAACGCAUUGGCUUUGCUUAGCCGUUGUUCGUAUUGCGCAACAAAUUAUUUGAAAAGUUAUUGCCGCAUUAAGCGUCAUGGUGUUAAUAAAAAUAAAACUUUAUGUUGGCUGACAUUGACUUUGAUUUUAUUGAGCUGCAGCAGUUGGCAUGGACGAGGUGCAGGCGGCCGAGGAGGCAGUGGCGGUGGUGGUGGUGCUUUUUGUUAUGCUCUCGAUAUUGGCACGUGCAAACAACCGCUCGGCAUGGAAUCCGGAGCCAUCGCUGAUACGCAAAUCACCGCCAGCUCAGCGCACGACAUGGGCAAUGUGGGCCCGCAACAUGCCAGGUGAGUACAAAGAA